UGAAACCAGAUUGACACACAGAGCACAUAUUUAUGAAAAUAACUCCGACAGAGUCAGCUGCUGCAAACACGACACAGCAGCAACAUGGGCAAGAUCUACCAAGUCAUUAUACACGGACUGAGAGACGAAAAAACAACUAUUGACCUCGGCAGUAGCGAGGAGGAGAUGAACAACACGACUGUCUUGGAACUCAAAACAAAAAUUCUGCAGAGACUACCUGGAAAUUCAGAUUCACCAGAAGAUCUGCGGCUGAUAUUUGCCAAUAAACAGCUGGGAGAUACUGCAAAGCUGUCAGAUUAUCAGAUAAAAGAUAAAUCCAUAAUUCUUAUGGUUUUGCGUUUGCCUGGUGGAAAUUAAAAGACGACAAUCUCAAUCUGCAUUUGUAAUUCAAAGUUUCUUUUCCGGAUUGCUGGCAACUGUGGAAAAACAGAAUUAAAGAGACUGAGGUAGACUGGACUUUGGAUGAUGUAAUUACUGUAUAACAUACUUAAAAUGAGUCUCUAUAUAUAGACAAAUGUUUUAUUAACUUGUGAAUGAAGCACAUUGCCACCUCUAUUCUGUCCUUUUUUGAACUUACUUUAUGCAUUAGAAAUUCAGGGGGAUCUAGGGAGCACAGCACACUCACACUGGCAAAGUUUGAGUCACCAGUUAAUCAAAAACACACCUAAACACUGAGAAGGUGGCAGUUCCAUGUAGACAGUGAAUGAUCUUUGAAUUCUACCUGGGCUGUGCAGUAGGGCCGCAAACAGUAAGCCACCAUACCGCCUGUGCUGCAAGCCUGCUAAGAUAUAUUAAUAGUGUUUAAAGUAUAAAACAUAAUGUUGACAUUUUACCUUCAUUUAGUAAACACAAGAUGAGGUUCUGCUAGACUAUAACCAGAUAUACCUGGAACCCAUGAUUACAUACUUUAAAAGUACUGCAUUUGACUUAAGACAGUGUUUCUCAACUUACAAGGAUGUUGUCGAAAAAAGUGGAGAUUGAAGCAGAAGCUAUUUAUUGAAACAAAUUAAUUUAUUGCAACUGUUUAUGGCAGGAAAAUCACACAGAGUGUGUCGAUUAUUGGCUCUGUGGUAUUCGUGUAAAUGACCGCAAAAUCAUUCUGCACGUAACAGUUAUGUGUGUUUUCUUUUUGUUUAUUGUUCACAUUGUGUUCUCCCUUUACUCAUCCUUCUCUUGCAUGUUCCUUUAAUUGAAUAAAUGCAUGUUUUUGCAUAGUA